AUGACUUCAGCGGCAUCAACCAAGAAGAAGCGUGCUACGAUAAGAUCGUGUAGCCCAUCUUCUCCCCCAGGCCAGAAACGCGGUCGUAGCGGAGACCGGGUGCCGUCGGGGCUUGAGGAUGCUUUGGAUGUCUAUAAGCCUCAGAUGACUGCUCCUGUUUCCGUAUUGUCAGCCGCUUCCGCCGAAUAA